UGGCUAUCUUCUGAACACUCCGGUUGUGAUAUUAAUAUUAGUGUUAAUUUGAUUGAAUUAUAUUAGUGUGUGUGUAAUUGCAUUUAAAAUGAAUAAGUGUUUAGUAUCAAUUUAUAUUUCGUUAUUAUUAGUUUUCAAUCACACAUUCGCUUUCAACGAGACUUGCACAGAAGAUACAAAUUGCUCGGCGGAAGAAGUAUGUGAGGAUCAAGUUUGUAAAUGUGCCAAAUUAUAUACGUAUAGCGAGGAACAAAAUAAAUGUGUAAAAUACGCUACAGAGUAUGGUUCAAUUUGUUACAUGGAUUCGCAAUGUACACCAUUUCUUGGAGCAAAUUCAGCGUGUAUUAAUAAUAUUUGCGUUUGUAAUGCAGGAAAUUUUAGGUGGUAUCAGGGAAAAUGUCAACAAUACGCAAGCAAGAAUGAUUCGUGUACUUCGGAUAGUCUUUGUAUGGACCUGAAAAAUCCUCUAGCUUUAAAAUGUGGCACUGGGAAUACUUGCGAAUGUAGCGAUGGUUAUUAUGACAGAGGAGCUGAUUGUCGAUUGAAAUCAGAAAAAGAUGCAGAAUGUGCAAUAACAAUGGAUUGUUUUCCAACAAUGAAUCAAUAUCUUCAUUGCGAACUGGGAAAAUGUGUGGAAAAUGUUAAAUCUGAAUCAUGGACGACUGAUAACUUCACUAAUAACUAUAGUAUCGGUAAAGCGUUUACUUCCAAUGCGAUGGUUAAUAACGAUGCAUCAUGUCCUAAUGGUGUCGCCUCCAGCAUGACAAAAGACGAAUGCAGUCAGUGUUCGAAUGCCUUCUUUUUCCAAGAUUCCAUCUGCAUAUGCAAGCAAGGCUUUUUCCUGAAUGAUGGCAAAUGUAUUGCGGAAUUAGGCAUGAAAUCAGAUGAAAUUGUCCAUUACACUAACGAUUCAGAUUGCCCAAUCAAACCUGGAAAACUUGUAGACGGAGCGUGUUAUUGUAGGGAUUAUUGGUUCCAGCAUAGUACUAAUAGGGAGUGUAAAAAAACUACUCUUGAAUAUACUCAUAAUUGUAUGGAUAACGAUUGGUGUAAAGCCAUGGGCGAUUACGCUUAUUGCAAUGCCGAAACUGGAAAAUGCCAAUGCAGCAGUCAAGCUGAAUUGAACGAAACGUCUUUCUAUUGUGACAAGAAAAAGGAUGCCGAUUUCACUGGACUUUGCUUAUCCGAUUCGGAAUGUCCACUUUAUGAAAGUUGUAUCGAUGAAAGGUGCCAGUGCGACGACGGAUUCUAUAGACUCGACCAAUCCGAUAAUUGUUUACCAAAAAUAGGAUCUUCCUGUGAAGUUCGUACCUGCAAUCACAUCGCAGAUGCUAAGUGUUCGAACAACACAUGCGAAUGUAAUUCUGGCUAUGUGACAAACGGUUUGUUGUGUUUGAAACCCGCUGCGGCUCUUAAUGAAGAAUGUCAGAUCGAACAACAAUGUCAGAACAUAAAAAAUUCAGCAUGUUUGCAAGAUUCCACCCUCUCUGGGAAAUCAACUUCAAGAUGUUUGUGUAUUGAAGAAUUCCGGGAUGUCAAUGGAACUUGUUAUGCAUUAAAAACUCCUGGGUCGCUUUGUUCUACAAAAUUCGAUUGUACCGUUAUACUGGGAGACACUUUUUUAUGUAGAAACAUGUUAUGCCAGUGUGACAUUAGCCAAUCUCUCAACCAAGACAAUAUCUGUGUUACUAAUUCAUCAGAAAAAAGUUAUUUAAGUAUAAAGGUAAUUUUUCUGAUUUUAUUAUUCAAAUAUUUACUAUCAUAAAAAAAAAAAAAUAUUUUUUCAAUUUAUUGGUUUAUUUUUAUCUCAAUAAACCAAAAUAUUUUUUUAUAAGACUGCUAGAAAUAAGUUCUGUACCCUAAAAGUUGAAAUUAGUAGGUAAUACAAAAAGAAUAGGUAUGAAAAUUAAGUACCUACCUAACAUAAAAAUAAUCACUAUAAUAAAAAAGUGAAUAAAGUUUUAAAAUAUAAUUUUUUUUUAUUUUUGUUAAGUACUCAAAAACUAUUUGAAAAAUGUAUUUACUUUAGAUGAGUUUUUAAAGUAAGUUUAGGUUACUUACUGUUAUUGUUAAUUUCUUGUUGUUAUAUUCUUUGUAUAGCUAUUACCAUAGAUAGAUAAGUAUGGAUAGUUUUAAUUUUGUUAUCGCAUAAAUAAUAAUAAUAAACGACUUUUAUU